UCCGGACGCUUUCUCAUAGAACAAGCAGGCAUAAAGAUGGCGGACCUGAGCAUAAGCGGGCCAGGUACCCAUCUAUGUACCAGUGUCCCACAGAAAGCGACUGUUUUUGCCAGGAUCUUUCUCCUUUUUGUCAUACUUUUGACCGAGCUCGGUGGCGCCACCACCCACUGGGUUGUCACAGAAGAUGGAAAAAUUCAACAGCAAGUGGAUUCUCCACUCAACCUGAAGCAUCCACAUGACCUCGUGAUCUUCAUGCGGCAGGAGCACCGGGUAAACUACCUCAAGGAGCUGGAGAAGCAGCUGGUGGCGCAGAAGAUCCACAUCGAGGAGAACGAGGACCGCGACACGGGCCUGGAGCAGCGCCACUACAAGGAGGACCCCGACUGCGUGACCGCCAAGGUGCCGCUGGGGGACCUGGACCUGUACGACGGCACCUUCAUCUCGCUGGAGAGCAAGGACAUCAGCCCUGAAGACUAUGUGGACUCCAGGUCUCCCCUUCCUCCGGACCUGGAGGAGCCGGACUGCAGCCAGAUCUUUGAGCUUCCGUACAGCAUCCACGCCUUCCAGCAUCUCCGCGGUGUGCAGGAGAGGGUCAACCUGACGUCCCCUCUGCUGUCCAGCGAGGACCCCAUCUUCAGCUCGCUGUCCCACAAACUGGGGCGCAACGUGGAGGAGGCGGGACACCGCAUUCACGAGGGCCUGGUGCGGAACUCCUCCUCCUGGGUGCUGUAUGACCUGGCGUCCUUCUACUGGCGCAUGAAGAACAAGCCCAAAAAAGCGGUGGACUGUGCCGUCCGGGCCUUGCACUUCUCCCCCAGGCAGCACAAGGACGUGGCGCUGGUCAACAUGGCGAACGUUCUGCACCGCGCCCACUUCUCCGCCGACGCAGCCGUGCUGGCGCACGCUGCCCUGGAUCUGACCUCUGACCUCCUCACCAGCCACUACACCCUGGGCAACAUCUACGCCAUGCUCGGAGAGUACAACCACUCGGUGCUGUGCUACGAGCAGGCCCUGCGGGCGCGGCCCGGGUUCGAGCAGGCCCUGCGCCGCAAACACGCCGUCCUCUGUCAGCAGAAGCUGGAGCAGCGGCUGGAGGCGCAGCACCGGUCCCUGCAGCGCACUCUGAACGAGCUGAAGGAGUACCAGAGACAGCACGACCACUACCUCCGCCAGCAGGAGGCGCUGGAGAAGCACAAGCUCAUUCAGGAGGAGCAGAUUCUCCGCAACAUCAUCCACGAGACGCAGAUGGCCAAGGAGGCGCAGCUGGGGAACCACCAGAUGUGUCGUCUUGGGCAGCAGCAGCAGCACAGCCUGUUCUGUCCGUUCGAUCUUCCAGUGCGCUAUCACCGCGGCGACCAGUUUGAGAGUGUGCACUACAUCCAGUUUGGAGAAGAGAUGUCCGUAGCCACCAGCGUGCCUCUGAGCUCAGAGAUGAGUGUGAACGAAACCCGCAACCCCCAGCCCUACACCUCUGUUUCUGGGGGCGACGACCCAGGUGCAUUCUGGGGCAGAGACCCAGCACCUGCAUCGGAGUGGCAGGCGCUGCUGUGGCCCAGGAGGACAGACUGCGCCCAAAUGUUCCCCUCCCUGCCCCCCCCUCACCUGCUGCCCACCUUCUUCCUCACGCCCGAGGGGCGUGGCUUUGGGCUCAAGCGUGAACUGUAUGAAGACGCCUCCCCCACCCUGACCGCGACCCCCCCAGACUGCGGUCCUGACCCCCAGCCCCUCCCCGGGCACCUGCCAGACACGGUGGCGCGGGCUCUGGAGGGGGAGGGGCUUCCUGAUCCUCAUGCAGCUCAGGUGCUGAGGUCUCGGAGCGGGGGGCUGAAUUUGGAGCAGACGGGAGAUUUUAUCGCCCAGGCUCUGAAGAAGUCUAGCGCCCCCUUGUGGCUGGUGCAGAAUGAGGCGGGUCUGUUCUGGCGAGCGAAGGGGAACGGGACGCGUGCUCUGUCCUGCAUGCGCCACGCCCUCCGCUCUGCCCCGCCCCAGCACCGGGACCUCUCAUUGGUCAACGCCGCCAACCUGCUGCUCCACCACGGGCUGAGUGAGGAGGCGGGGCAUCUGCUCCAGGAAGCGCUGGCCGUCAACGCCUCCGAGCCCCUGACGGUGCUCAGUCGUGUGAGUGUGGAGCUGUCCCGGGGGAGGGUGAGAGAGGCGUUGGCGGUGUUUCGGCGGGUCCUCUCCAUGCGGGCGGAGUGUGCCCAGUGCAGCGCCAGCCUGCCCCUCCUGCGCUGCCUGCAGUUCUACCCGCUGCUCUACGACCUGCCCUGCCCGCAGGGCUCCUCGUGUUUUGAGGAGGAGUAUGUGGAGCUUCACCAGGAGGAGGGCGAGCCCCUCUCCCCCCUGCAGAAUCAGGACCCCCCCGCGGCAGCCCCGCCCCUGGGCCUGUCCCCUGUGGAGGACUCCCUCCUGUUUGAGACAGUGGUGCUGGACAGUAAUGGGUCUGAGGAGGUGGAGUCUCAGGAGCAGGGCGUAGAGGAGAAGCGGGGCGGAGGAAGAGGAGGAGGAGGAGGAGGGGAGAGAGAGGAGGAGUGGCAGCUGAAGGAGGAGCUGAUGGGGGCGUUCGAGGGGGCGCUGGACGCGGGGGGCAGACGGGGGGAUCUGCGGGGCAUCCGCGUGCUGAAGAGCGAGGGGGGGCGGGGCGGGGGGCCCUGUUUGGGGAACUGCGAGGACGACGAGGGGGCUGAGUGGAUCACCUUCCAGGUGAAGAGGGUGCGGAAGCCCAAGGUGGAGUCUUCUGACGGAGGGGGGGGCGAGGACGAGGGCCAGCAGGGGGAGCAGUCCGCCGGGCACUCUGUGCUGGAGAUCAGCGGCCCCACCAUCCCCUCCCCCGGCCCCUCAGGCCGCUGGCGGGACUACGCCAGCCUGGGCUGGCCGGGUCCGGAGGAGUGCCAGCGAACGCGGCGGCUGGAGCCCAGCACCGUGGCCAGCACCUGGCUCGCCGUGUCCGCCAAGAACAUCGACAUCACGGAACACAUCGACUUUGCCACGGCCCUGCAGGAGCCCGCGGUGGAGCCCGUGUGCAGCGCCAACCUGCCCGCCAGCAUGCACACCCUCGACCACCUGGGCGGCGUGGCCAACCGCGCUGGCAUCCACUACACCGGGGAGAGCCAGCUCCGAGAGGUGCUGCAGAACCUGGGCAAAGACAAGUUCCCCCCCCAGUCCUUCGAGCAGGUGGGCACCCGCAUCGCCAAGGUGCUGGAGAAGAACCAGACGUCCUGGGUGCUGUCCAGCAUGGCCGCUCUCUACUGGAGGGUCAAAGGUCAGGGCAAGCGGGCCAUUGACUGUCUGCGGCAGGCCCUCAACCACGCCCCCCACCACAUGAAGGACGUCCCGCUCAUCAGCCUGGCCAACAUCUUCCAGAACGCCCGGCUCUGGGACGACGCCCUCACCGUGGCCCGCAUGGCCGUGGAGAUCGCUCCGCAGUUCGUCGUCAACCAUUUCACCCUCGCCAACGUCUACAUCGCCAUGGAGGAGUUUGAGAAGGCCAUGCUGUGGUAUGAGAACACGCUGAAGCUGCAGCCAGAGUUCGCCCCGGCGAAGGACCGCCUUCGCGCCAUCCAGUGCUUCCUGCUGACCAAGAAGGAGCGCCGCACGCCAUAGGUCGGGCCCGGAGGGGGCGGGGCAGGGGGCGGACCCCAGAGAGGGAGCCAAACACGCAUAAUGCACACACACGCACACACUUACACGCACACACACACACACACGCUUGCACACACGC